AUGCCACCUCCAUCCUCUCACACGCUGUACGAAUCAGGCUCCCUUGGUACCGAUGACAGCUCGCCCAAGUUCACACCCUCAUCACGCUCUUCGCAUUCGUCCGAUGGUCUGGCUGUGACCGACGACCCAGAUUCAUAUGAAUUACGUCCAAUCACGCCUCGUAUCGAACCGGCCAUCAAUGAUGAUGAUGAAGAAGAAGAAGAGGGGGCGUUUCUGCAUAGUACUCGGCGUGCAUCAAUGGACUCGGCGCAAAGCUACGAGCUAUACACACCUGAUGAGGACAGGGUUGUAUUGAGGAAGCUUGACAUACGACUGGUCGGCUUCAUGGCCCUGCUUUACAGCCUGAAUUUUCUGGAUCGGUCAAAUAUUGGGAAUGCACGUAUUGCAGGGCUGGCUGAUGACUUGAAUCUAAGUUCGAGUCAGUAUCAGUGGCUAUUGUGGGCCUUUUAUAUUACCUACAUUCUUUUUGAAUGGAUGACACUUAUGUAUCGUGUUGUGACGCCACAUAUUUAUAUUUCGCUAUGUGUUCUGUCCUGGGGAUUAAUAGCAUCACUGCAAGCGAUAACAACAUCGUUCGCUUCCCUGCUCGUACUUCGUGCACUUCUCGGCAUCAGCGAAGCAGCCUUUGCACCUGGUCUCCCGUUCUACCUAUCCUUCUUCUUUCGACGACAUGAACUGGCUUUCAGGACAGGUCUAAUCGUCUCCGCUAGCCCUCUCUCAGCAUCAUAUGCUGGAGCUCUGGCAUAUGGAAUCACCAAACUAGGCGAACAAGGGCCACUUAGUCCUUGGAGGCUAUUGUUCUUGCUUGAGGGUUUCCCGAGUGUGCUCAUUGCAGUCUGGGCUUGGGACUUUGUGCCUGACGGACCAGGUUUGGCCAAGUGGCUGACACCUCGACAGCGGGAAGUUGCAGUUCUUCGAUUGAGACAGGAGAAGGAUGGAGAGGCAGAAGACCAAGGAGACGAAAAGCAGUACAGCCGGAGUAAGCGGGGAAAGUUCAACAUCCAGGAGGUGAUUGAAACGUUCAGGGAUCCAAAAUGUUACCUCACUGCUUUGAUGAUGUUUUGCUGCAAUGUGGCCUUCAGUAGUAUGCCAGUCUUUUUGCCUACGAUUGUUCAAGAGAUGGGAUGGGAAAGCAUCACAGCCCAAGGGCUAACAGCACCGCCAUAUCUGUUUUCUUUCGUCGUGGUCUUGACGACGGCCUACUACUCAGACCGUCUGCAACUACGCUCUACCUUUGUUAUACUACAUUCCGUGGUUGCGACGCUCGGCUACGGUACGAUAGCCGUGUCUGGCUACUACAAGUCAGAAAACACGACUCUACGGUACAUAGCGCUAUUUCCGGCAGCUGCAGGCUUCUUCUCGGCCAUCACCAUUAUCAUCACAUGGACAAUCAACAACCAGGAAACCGACAGCAAGAAAGGCACUGCCAUGACGAUUAUGAAUGUCAUCGGACAGACGGGACCUCUCGUGGGGACUAGUAUCUUCCCUGACGAGGAUGGUCCAUAUUAUGUCAAGGGUAUGAGUAUCUGUGCUGGCUUCAUGUUACUUGUUGCGUUCCUUGCAGCCUUGCUCAGAUGGGUGUUGAAGAGGGAGAAUAGGCAGAUGAGGGACCAAGGAAGCGGAGGCGGUGAGUACGCAGGUGUGCCACUUGAUGAGGAUGCACGGGUGAGACGCGAGAGAAAGAAAUUUGUAUUCAUAAUCUAG